AUGGAGAAGGCGCUUCAACUUGUCUUCUCUCAACAGGUCAAGGAUGGCGCCGCGGACGCGCAGGCAUGCGAGGUGCCGAUGCUCCGUCCCGCGUGCAUCAGGAAGAACCCCGCGUUAGACCACAUCAUCACCUGCGAGACGAGGUCUGCCGGGACCAAAGCAAACAACGAGUUCCGUCCGCCGAGCACGGCCGUGCGACCCUCCGAGGAGAGCGGCUCACCCUCGUUCCUGUACAACUCAAACAAGACGGUCGUGCUGCCGCCAUCGACCGCGUCCCCGUCGAAGUCGAAUGGAUUGCUGAACACGCCGGAUGGCUUUGCGGAUGCCGCCAUCUCCCCUCAGAACUCGCCGUCCGUGCUGACGACAGGGGCAAACAGCCGUCUGAAGUUGAAGGAUAACCUCAACUGCAGCGGCAGCGCGGCAGCACUCAAUACCCACAGCGCCGCCGCCGGGGCAGCAGCGACGGGCACGACAAUGAGUAUCAAAGGCAGUCGCGGUGACCUACUUGCGCCGGUGACGAAGCCACCGACGCUGCUGAAGUCCCUGGCGGCCUCGCCGACGGCGGCGCUGCCGAAUUGCACGUACGACAUCGCCUGCCGUAGUGGCCGCGCCGCCCCGCUGCCGGGGAUGUCGGACAGCUCUGACAGCGUAGCCUCCAGCGACGACGCGGACGCGGACGCGGAGAAGAAGCUGCUGCUCUCCGAGGCGGUGGAGGUGAAGGGGAAGUCGACCUUCUUCAAGGCGAAGCCGCGGCUGGGGGAGUUCGCGUCGAUGAUUGAGUGGCUGCUGCGGUGCGGCGAGGCGGGGGAAAUAGCGCUGCCGUCGAACGUGACAGAGAACGGCGCAGAGACGCCGCCGCCGCCGACGUUCUUUACGGAGGACAACAUCGCGAAGCUGUGCACGGCCGCCACGCAGGUGCUGUCCGCCGAGCCGGGCCUGCUGGAGCUCGACGUGCCCGCCGACGACACCCUCAUCGUCGUUGGCGACAUCCACGGCCAGUUCCAGGAUCUCUACACGAGUGUGCUGUGCCAGCAGUACGACCGCCGUCGGUGCAACCCCGGCGGCCUGGACCGCCACUUCCUCUUCAUGGGCGACUACGUGGAUCGCGGCCCGCACAGUUUGGAGGUGGUGCUUCUGUUGUUGGCGCUGAAGGUGGAGUACCCCUCGCUGGUAUACUUGACCCGCGGCAACCACGAGGAGGAGAAGACGUCGCGCGUGUACGGGUUCCUGACGGAGGCGACGUCCUCGUUGGGCGCCGUGGCCGGGGGUGCGGUGUGGAGCGCGGUGAACAAAGUCUUCCUCGAUCUGCCUCUGGCGGCCAUCGUGCAGACACCGCACAUGCGCUUCUUCGUGACGCACGGCGGCCUCUCCCCUGCGCUGAAGACGACGGAUCAAAUUGCAGCCAUUGACCGACACGCCUACAACACCGGCGCGCUAUCGAAGGAGGAGCACGACAUCGUGGACGGCCUUCUCUGGUCGGAUCCCGCGAUCGGCAUCGGCUGCUUUGCGCCGAGUGCGCGGGGCUGCGGCUGGAACUUCGGUCCCGCCACGUCGGCCAACUUCUGCUCAAAGAACCGGCUGAACUUCAUCUGCCGUGCGCACCAGCUGGCGAUGGACGGGUACUUCUGGACGCACAACGACCGCGUGGUGACGGUCUUCUCGGCGCCGAACUACUGCGGCAUCAACGGCAACCGGGGUGCGGUGAUGGUCGUGUCAGGCAACGCGAACAAGCCGUCGUUUGACCAGUACGAGUGUUACGAGGACGAGAUGGAGUACGGCGGCCAGCCGUCGGCGAACUUCCCCUACUCCUCGUACUUUUGCUGA